CACAUUAUAUGAAGAUGAUGAUGAUGAUAUCCAACAAUAAUAAUGCUUUGUUGUUGAUCAAGCUCUUGACCCUGCAUUCUCUACUAGUCCUCGCUGCUUCGCAAGAUUUCGACUUCUUCUAUUUUGUUCAACAGUGGCCAGGAUCGUAUUGUGACACGAAACAAAGUUGCUGCUACCCAAGUACUGGAAAGCCGGCAUCAGAUUUUGGAAUUCAUGGGCUUUGGCCCAAUAGAAACGAUGGUUCCUAUCCCUCCAAUUGUGACUCUACCAAUCCUUUCGAUGUGUCCAAGAUUUCAGACCUUACUAGUCAUAUGCAAUCAGAGUGGCCAACAUUAUCGUGCCCAAGCAACAACGGGUUAGCAUUUUGGGGUCAUGAGUGGGACAAGCACGGGACUUGCUCUGAAUCUGUACUCAACCAACAUGAUUAUUUCGCCACCACCCUUAGCCUCAAGAACCAAAUUGAUCUCUUACAGGCCCUCAAAAGCGCCGGAGUACAACCAAAUGGGCAAAAGUAUACUCUGAGUAGCAUAAAGAGCGCGAUUCAAGGGGCGAGUGGUUUCACCCCAUGGAUCGAGUGCAACAAUGACACGUCGGGUAAUAGUCAAUUGUAUCAAAUCUACUUGUGUGUCGACUCAUCAGCUUCGAGGUUUAUACAAUGUCCUGUGUUUCCAAAAGGAAGUUGUGGCUCCUCCAUCGAAUUUCCUAAGUUCUAAUCUAACUUACAUAUUUGUAUUUCUCAAGGAAGGAAAUUGAUUGUGUGUUUUGUUCAAUGAACAUGUCUUUUUUAACUUUCUGUUACAUUUGUA